AUGGCCUCCAAGCUGCUGCGGGCCGUGGUGCUCGGCCCCCCCGGCUCGGGCAAGGGCACGGUGUGCGAGAGGAUCGCCCGCAGCUUCGGGCUCCAGCACCUCUCCAGCGGGCAGUUCCUGCGGGAGAGCCUCGGCGGUGGCGGCGAAGCUGGAGUCUUGGCACAGCAGUACCUGGAGAGAGGGCUCCUGGUGCCCGACCACGUCAUCACUCGUGUGAUGGUGACAGAGCUGGAGAAGCGCAGGGAGCAGCCCUGGCUGCUCGAUGGUUUCCCUCGGACACUGGGCCAGGCCAAGGCUCUGGAUGGGAUCUGUGAGCUGGACCUGGUGAUCAGCCUGAACAUCCCCUUCGAGACGCUGAAGGAUCGGCUGAGCGCCCGCUGGGUGCACCCUGCCAGUGGCAGGGUCUACAACAUGGACUUCAACCCUCCCCACACACAGGGUGUGGAUGACCUGACAGGAGAGCCCCUGGUGCAGAGGGAGGAGGACAAGCCCGAGGCCGUGGCUGCCCGGCUCAGGAAGUACAAAGAUGCUGCCAAGCCGGUGAUAGAGCUCUACAAGAGCAGGGGCAUCCUUUACUCCUUCUCUGGCACAGAGACCAACAAGAUCUGGCCCUACGUGUACAGCCUGCUGUCCAGCAGGAUCCCACCCAUCCUCCCAGAUGAGGAGCACUAAAGAGCUCGUGCCAAGGACCAGGAUUUCAUUCCAUUGUGGAUUUGGUUCCCAGUGCAGUGCCAGGGCUGUGCUGGGGUUGGGUGAUCAUGAACUGGGUGAUGUUGGUGGGUACCAGUCACAGCCAGGAUCAGAUCUUUGUGUAGAAGGUCAAGCCUGCUGGAAUAAGGGAUUUUUUUUUUCCCUCUUUUGGGGCUAUAGAGUUUUCCUGCCCGUGGUCCAUCCCAGAUUGGUGAUGCUGACCAGGGCAUUGGUCAUUCCAGGUUUACACAGCUUUGCCAUGGUGUCCUUGCCAUCCUUUUCCAGCCCCAGUCCCUGGCUGAGCCCACAUGUGCCAUCCUGUUGCUCCACAGGACUGUUUACUGCUGAGGACUCUCUAGGCUGAGGUUUUUUUGUUUCCUAUAAAUUAUUUUCUAUUAAAUGUAUUUCUCAGAGAAAUAAAGCUCUAGAAAGCAACACUUAACCCAGUGGGAAUUUUGGGAGCAACGUGGAAAACGUGUGUACUACAAAGCUGAGAGGUGUGAGGCUCACAUUUCCAGCAUUGAAAAAGACAAAACAUUGGAGGUGAAACAAUCCCUUGUGGCCUUUCCAUAGGGAGAGCUGAAUUCCUCGUUAGAAAAAGCUGCUGUGCAGGUUUUUAUGGAAUCUGUGAGACCGAGCAGGAUCUGGGAUGAGUUGCACUCCUUUGUGCUUUCCUGGUUUAUAGCUUUUAAUACCACAAGAUAGAGAUGUCCUAAGAGUUUCUCCCAAAGAUUUAUCUCCACGUGUGCUUCAGUUUUGGGGGAGAAAUCAGCUCAUUCCAUCUUCUGUGCUGCCUUUGUCCCCGGGGUCCCCUGGCCUGGGGGUCCCCUCAGCUGUUCCUGCUGCAUUCCCCAGCCAAGUGAUUUCCUCCCCAUGAAAUCCCAGAAAUCUUUCCUGCCUUGGGAUGCAUGCAGGGCCAUGCCCAGAUGUUUUCCCAUGAUUUACAGCAUCCCUGGAUUGUGUUGGGGCUGGACUUUUCUCAACUGGAAGUACUGUCACCCUCUUUUUGUAGGAUGCAGUACCAGAGCAAUGGGGACAAUUCUUGUCUCCUCGAGUUGCCUUAUUUUAUAAACUAUAUAUUUAACAAAAAAAAAAAAAAAAAAAAUAAAAGCAAGAUGUGUAUUUGUAAAGGUUUAAAAAAAAACAACCAACCAAAUAAAAAAACUGCUGAAUUUUAGCAUCACCUGGAUCCACAGGGAAUGCUGCUUCUGCCAGAGGGCUCACAGGAACCUGGCACUGCCUGGCACCUCUUGGAUUAAUCAGAGCAGCCUGG